GCCCAGGCUAAGAUUAUCAUCCACUAAAGGAGGACCUCAACAGAUGGUUAAACCACAGAAGAGCCAAGAGAGAAAACCCCCAACAUGUUUCUCUACGCAUAAACCAAGAUCAACUAAAGUGCAGCAAUGUGUCAAAUAAACUAACUCCCAGCCAUGGACGGAAAUAACAUAUCUCUACUACAUCAUUGGAGCAAAUUACUUAUAGUUUUCCUGUAUAUAUGUUUUAUAUUGAUUGCAUCUAAAUUACAACACAAAGAGCAAGACAAAUUGAACCUUCUCACAGAAACCCAGGUUAAGGUCUGGUAUAGCGUGUUGACGCGAAAAGUUUCAAUCACAUACAAUUUUGAAAGGGAUGAAGCAAAUAACAUUUAUUCUAUAUCCUUGGAGAAAACUUUUUUUAAAGGGCCAUUACCAUUGGAUGUUUUUCCGUCAAAUUUGCUUUCCAAAUCUGCCAUUUCCCCUGGCAAUGGCUGUAGUCCCAGAAAGGAUGCCCUCCAAGAUGUCUUCAAGAAAAAGACAACAUCACUUAGAGAUCUGUUUUGUUGGCGAAUACCUAACACCACAAUUAACGACUCCUCUCCUGCCUUUGUGUAUCCGGUUUUAGCUGACACCGAAAGUGUGGGUAUUCAAGAAUCUCACAAUGAAAACCCAGACAAUGUUGCAGCGGAAGCAGAGCAACAUGGUCCUGUGCAAGCUACUGAUGCCACGGAGUAUGAUGUUUAUACACAUCCAGCACUUGCAGACAGGCAAAAUGAACAUAAUGAUGUUAUGCUACAUGCAGAAGGCGCUGUUGGUGGUGAUGAUGCUGUCUCGGCAAACUAUGAUCAUUACGAAAAUGUUGUGGUGGACGUACACGGUCUAGGAUAUCCUAGGGAUGCAAGCCAAAUUGCGCGCCAGGAAUAUUUGCAAACAGAUCCCAUGCAGAGAACGUUAGAGUUUACGGCAGAUGAGCCCGUCAAAAUACUAGUUGGCCGAAAGGAGAGAGAAGAGCCGAUACCGGACAACGAUACUGACCCAGUAGCACAAGGCCGAGAGGACCUUGUUCGAUGUUAUCAUUGCGGAAUUGGUCUUAAGGACUGGAGUGAUGGGGACGAGCCAUUGUUUGAACACACCAGACAUUCUCCUAACUGUCUGUUCCUGAAGGAGUUGUUAAGAGAACAGCUUCUCAACACAAACAGGGAAAAUCUUGAAGAGGCUCAAAGGCCAAUUGAACUUGCCAGCUCACAAGGGAGCGAGACUCGGCCAACCCAGCAGCGCGCAAGAAGAGUAUGGCACCCUGGAAUGACCACCCUGGACCAGCGGUCGGGUACAUUUAAAGAAUGGCCGAGUUCCAACGGUCAGCAACCAGAAACACUUGCAAAUGCUGGCUUUUUCUUCACAGGCCGAGAAGACCUUGUUCGAUGUUAUCUUUGCGGAAUUGGUCUUAAGGACUGGAGUGAUGGGGACGGGCCAUUGUUUGAACACACCAGACAUUCUCCUAACUGUCUGUUCCUGAAGGAUAUGUUAGGAGAACAGCUUCUCAACACAAACAGGGAAAAUCAAAGGCCAAAUGAAACUGCCAGAUCACAAGGGUCCGAGCCUUGCCCAGCACAGCAGCUAAACAGGCAAGUACUGCACCCUGGAAUGACUACCCUGGCCCAGCGGUUGGGUACAUUUAAUGAAUGGCCGCAGUCCACUGGUCAGCAACCAGAAGCACUUGCAGAAGCAGGCCUGUUCUUCACCGGCAUCAAUGACUUGUGUCGGUGUUUCACCUGUGACGGUGGCCUUCAGCGUUGGGAUAGAGAGGACGACCCGGGGGUUGAACAUGCCCGCAGUUCUCCAGACUGCAGAUAUGUGCGCGAGAUGAAGGGGCAGAGGUAUAUCAACAUGGUGCAUCCCGCAGCCCAGCGGGAACAACUUGAGGUAAAAAACGAUUAA